GUAUUUAUCAUGUAUAAAAGCCAAAAAGAAGAACGGAUUCAAAACAAAAAAAGUUUUAAAUGUAGGUGUUUGGCCACUGAUUUUCAUGAUUGUUAUGUUAGUUUAUUUUUAAAAUCAGCGGUAACCAGGUAUAAGUGUGUAUUUAAAAUACCGGUAUUUGAAAGCAAGCAAUUUGAAUCCAUGCAUUACCGUAAUCAUAUCCGAGAAGAAAGGAUAUGCAGACAUGUAAUAAUACAGUCAGUACAAAGCAUGACCGAGAUAGAGUUCGGAAGAUCUAUAAGGCGGACAUGUUUUGGUUUCAAGGAGGGGUAUUUUUUUCUGAAUCAUGGGUCCUACGGAGCGGUCCCUGUGCCUGUGCGAGAGAGGCAAAAAGAAUUGUUGGAUUUGAUGAAUGAGAACCCUGACCGAUUCUACAAGAUCGUCGAGGGCAGGCUGUAUGAUGAAGCACGACGAGCGGCCUCAGCAUUCUUAGGCGCCAAAGCAGAGAAUCUGGUCUUUGUUCCAAAUGCAACCACAGGUGUCAACACAGUUCUGAGGUCUCUACCCUGGGACGAUGGUGACGAGAUUCUAGGGACAAACUUCACAUUUACCUCCAAUGUUAAUGCUUGCCGCAGUGUCGCAGAUUCCAUAAAUGGAAAGUUUCACCAAUUUCAAAUACGCUUUCCAAUAAAAGAUUCGUCAGAAAUCGUCAAAAGCAUGACGUCAUACCUCGAUAAUUUCCAGAAAAUUCGAUUGGUUGUGCUGGAUCACAUCAGCAGUCCAACUACAGUUGUUUUCCCCGUGAAGGAGAUGAUUGCCGAAUGCAGGAAAAGACACGUUCUAACAUUGGUUGAUGGUGCGCACGCAAUAGGACAAGUUGAAGUUAAUUUAGAGGACCUUCGACCAGAUUUUUAUACCGGAAAUUUUCAUAAAUGGUUAUACACACCACGAGGAUGUGCCAUACUAUGGGUAGCAGAGGAACACCAGAAAUGGUGUGCCCCAUUACUAAUUUCACUGCAGUACAAGAAAGGUUAUCAAAAGGAGUUCAAAAUUCAAGGAACACGUGACAAUAUACCGUAUUUAGUGGUACCGGAAGUGCUCAAGUUCUUUGAAGAUAUAGGAGGAUUGGAAAAAAUUCACUGUUAUGCGGACACUCUUCUAGACAGUGCCUGUCAAAUGCUGUGGAAUCGUCUGGGAGCCAGACCAGUAGAGGUUCCUGAAUCCAUGAAGGCUCCCAACAUGAGAUUGAUUCAUCUUCCUCGAUUCAAAGGAUACACAAUUAACUUUGAGGGAGCGAGAAAACUGAAUUUAGAUAUCAUGGAGAAACACAAAGUAGUUUGUUUAAUUUGUGCUGUUCAGGGCCAGUUUUUUCUCAGACUAUCGGCGAACGUUUACAACGAGUUAUCGGACUUUGUCAAAUUAGUUGACGCCUUAAGCCAGAUCAACUGGAAGGACUCGAUUCAUACAAACCCAGUAUCUCACAAAUGUAAACUGUAAACCUUUGAUGAUAAGAAGUUAAAGUUUUACGUAAAAAAAACCUCAGACGGUGUCGCAUACAUUUAUAAAGUUAAUUUGAAAUAUCUGUGAAUUGUUCUAGCAUUGUGCAAACGAGGAAUUGAAACAGAAAUAUUGUAGAUAAUACUUAUAGUAAUCUUGUAUUAAUCAAAGUCACCUAACACAAAUGUAAAGAAGAUGGGUGGAUAAGGCGUGUAAAAUGCCCAUACACGGUCGAACAAGUUACUGAAAAAUUAAAAUGUCAAUAAAUCUGAUAUUUAAAAAAAACAUCAUUUAAAACAAUACAUAUUUAACAUAUCAUUGAUUUUUAACCAAUAAAUAUGUUCAAUACUUGGAAUAUGUUGACUCAGACAGGCGUCAACGUAUCAAAACCUGCAAAUAGUGUCAUAUUUUGGAACUUCAAGGCAUCUUCUUUUAUAGAGUGGGUCUGUGCUCCAUAUUUUUCUCAUCGUCUAAUUUAGGUCUAUUGGAAAACAAACCGAUUUCAAUCAAUAAAAACGUGGAGAGAUGACCCACUAUACAUUAAAAAUAUCAUUUUGUAUCCAAACAAUUAACGAUUUGAAAAGAUAAUACAAGUCCGUAAAUUCGUGGCCAAAGUCACACAUAGUAUUUAAACAGCCUACUUUGUUGUGCCUGAAAUGGAUUAGUGGUUAGAGUACCUGACAUAAGCUAACCUUAAAUAUCUAGAGUUUUUAUGUUAUGGGUUCGAUGCCAGCAACAUUUCAGAGAAUAUUUUUUUUUCUUAUCUUUUGAUAAAUAUAUUAAAAACUGAAUACAGUUAGAAAUUGUGCUUUUGCAAACUUGUAUUAUAAUAAAUUUGAAUAUAUUAAUUGGGAAAAAAUAAAUUCAAAAUUAUAUUUCACGACUAAACCGAAUGGGCAUUUGCGCCAUCUUAUUCCCCCAUCUUCUUGAAUUUUUUAAUAUACAUUGGUACAUGUAAGUGGAAGAUCAUUGCAUAACUAGAGGCUUUGUAAACUUGUUGUGCCAAAUUAAUAACGAUGAUUACAAACACUAAAAACACAAUACAGACAAUGUAAUCAAUUUG